CAUCACCAGGGAGGAGUUAGCAGUGAAGUUUAGCCUAGCAGGAAACACUGAAGCUACCGCAGCAGCAGCGGUGCAGGAACAAGGAGCGGUUCUUACUUUUUAAACCGGGACUCAGACCUGAUAUUUCAUCUGAUACUGUAUCUACUGAUUUGUGGGAGUACUCAUUUUGGAAGUGGUCGUGUUUUCCUGUUUGGACUUUGUAUGAGGAGACUGACUGAAAUACACUAACCGGAGCUCGGCUCGUCUCCAGCGGCUGUAACGAUUAACUGUGGACAUCAGCGGAGCGACGGCCGCUUCAAACCAGCGUGCGUCAGUGGGCCCGCAGGCUCCACACUGGUGCUGAGACAGGAUGAAGAGGUUCAGGAGACACGGCCAGGAGUCCCAAAGAGAUCGACUCAAACAGGAGCUGUUCCAGUUCAACAAGACGGUGGAGCAUGGAUUCCCCCACCAGCCCAGCGCUCUCUGCUACAGUCCCUCCCUGCAGGUGCUGGCCAUCGGCACCCGGUCCGGAGCCAUCAAACUGUAUGGGGCUCCAGGUGUGGAGUUCAUGGGUCUACAUGAUGAAAAUGCGGCUGUCACACAGGUCCACUUCCUCCCCCACCAGGUUGAACUGGUGACUCUGCUGGAUGAUAACAGUCUGCACAUGUGGACUUUAAAAGCCCACAAGGGACUCUCUGAGCUCCUGGAGAUAGGACGCUUCACACUCACUGGACCACCUGGAGCCCCUCCAAGUGUGACCAGAGUGACAGCGGUGCUGGCUCACUCCUCGGGGGAGCUGCUGCUGUUGGGGACAGAGGGAGGACACGUUUUUGUUGUUGAAGUGCCGGGGUUCAGAGAGCUGGAGGAGAGAAACAUCAGCCUGGACCAAGUCUCCAGCAGUGUACCAGAUGACUACAUCGGCAGGAGGAACCUGGAACACGUAGAAGCCCUGCAGGAGAACCCGAUCAACCCUAACCAGGUGGUGAUUGGCUACGGACGAGGCCUCAUGGUCAUCUGGGAUCUAGAGAAACAAUGUGCCAUCCAGCACAUCCCUGCCACACAGCAACUGGAGAGUGUGUGGUGGACGGAGGACGCAAGCUACAUCCUCAGCUCCCACAGUGACGGAAGUUACUGUCGAUGGAUGGUGGGAGCAGAGGACCUGAACGAGGAGGAGGAGAAGUCAGACAUUCCCUAUGGUCAUUUCCCCUGCAAGGCCAUUUCUAAAAUAGUUCAGCUUCCCACAGAAGACAGUCCUCCAUACCUGAUCUUCAGCGGUGGUAUGCCCAGGGCCAGCUACGGGGACAGACACUGUAUCACAGUGAUCCACGGGAAAACACACGUGGCUCUGGACUUCACCUCCAGGAUCAUCGACUUCUUCGUCAUCAGAGGCGGCCCACAGCACACAGAAGAUCCCAGUGCGCUGGUGGUGCUGGUGGAGGAGGAGCUGGUAGUGAUCGACCUGCAGACGGAGGGCUGGCCGGUCAUUCAGACGCCGUACCUUGUCCCUCUCCACAGCUCAGCCAUCACCUGCUCCCACCACGUCUCUGCCAUCCCCAUCAAGCUGUGGGAGAGGAUCAUCGCUGCGGGAGACCUGCAGAAGACACACUAUUCGAAACAGCCAUGGCCCAUCACAGGAGGACAGAACAUGGCCCCGGACCCUCCGCAGAGAGACCUAAUGCUCACAGGGCAUGAGGAUGGAACAGUGCGUUUCUGGGAUGCUUCGGGAGUCUGCCUUUAUCCUAUGUACAAGUUAAGCACAGCCGGAGUUUUCCACACGGACGCUGACCCCAAUGACAACAUGAACCAAGGAUCCGAGGGAGAGUGGCCGCCAUUCAGGAAGGUCGGCUGUUUUGACCCGUACAGUGAUGACCCGCGACUCGGCGUUCAGAAGAUCCACCUUUGUAAAUACAGCGGGUAUCUGACUGUGGCUGGUACAGCUGGACAGAUCCUGGUGCUGGAGCUGAAUGACGAGGCAGCAGACCAGGUAGUGGAGGCUAAAGUUGUGGACUUGCUGCAGGGCCAGGAGGGCUUCCGCUGGAAGGGCCACACUCGGUUGGAUGUGCGAGAGGAGCCGGUGCAGUUUCCUCCGGGCUUCCAGCCUUUCGCUCUGGUCCAGUGUCAGCCUCCCGCUGUGGUCACCGCCCUCACCCUGCACUCAGAGUGGAAGCUAGUCGCUUUUGGGACCAGUCACGGUUUUGGCCUCUAUGACUACCAACAGAAGAACAACGUCUUCGUCAAGUGCACCCUGAACCCCAGUGACCAGCUGGCCAUGGAGGGUCCUCUGUCCCGGGUGAAGAGCAUAAAGAAAUCUCUCCGCCAGUCGUUCAGGAGAAUCAGACGCAGCAGAGUCUCACUAAGGAAACACCACGUCAACAACGCCGCCAAGCUCCAGGAAGCGAAUGCUCGUCUGGAGGCGGAGCUGGCAGAGAUGGAGAUCGCCCCCGUCCAGAGAAAGAUCGAGGCCCGCUCUUCAGAUGACUCCUUCACUGGUCUCGUACGGACGCUCUACUUCGCUGACACCUUCCUCACAGACAGUUCACAUAACACACCCUCCCUAUGGGCGGGGACCAAUGGCGGUUGUGUGUUUGCGUACAUGCUCCGCCUUCCUCCUGUAGAGCACAGGGCAGAUGAACCGGUCACCGCACAGCCAGCUAAAGAGAUCCAGCUGAUGCACCGGGCGCCCGUCGUUGGUAUCGUGGUGAUGGACGGUCAUGGGGCUCCUCUCCCUGAGCCUCUGGAGGUGGCUCAUGACCUGGCUCGCUCGCCUGACAUGCAGGGCUCACACCACCUCCUCGUCAUAUCUGAGGAACAGUUUAAGGUGUUCACGCUGCCGAAGGUGAGCGCUAAGAUGAAGUUAAAGCUGACCGCUGUGGACGGCUCCAGAGUACGGAGGGUGGGCGUGUCCUGGUUCGGCAGCAGUAAAUCGGAGGAAUACGGCGAGAGCGGCUUGGUGGUUCUGACCAAUCAGGGUGACGUCCAUGUGGUAUCACUGCCGUCAAUCAAGUUGCAGGUCCAGUACCCCUGCAUCCGCCGAGAGGACGUCAGCGGCAUCGCCUCCUGUGUGUUCACCAAGCACGGCCAGGGCUUCUACUUAAUCUCUCCAUCUGAGUUUGAACGCUUCUCUCUGUCCACGCGCUUCCUGGUGGAGCCUCGCUGUCUGGUCGAACUUCCUCUUCAAUCAGGCUCUAAACGUAGGAUUCACUCUGACGGAGGAUCAUCAACUCACAGAAGCACCAGACUCGACAGUGAAGACGCAGAGAGUGCAGCUAGACGUGUUAUGGAGCAUGCUUUGCUGAAUGACGAGCAGGUACUUCAAGAGAUCCAGAAGUCACUAGAAGGAGACCAAACGUCUUUCCAGGAGAAUAAUGUGAACAGUGCUGUAGCUUGAGAGACAUCACUGGACAGCUGAGUCUGAAAGGACACGAUGAUGUAAUAACUGCAGUCCUGUAGCAGCUCUCGCCUCCUGCUCCGCUGACAAAACCACUACUGACCCCUGACCCCUCGCCUCAGUGACUGACCUCCCCUCUCUCAGCUCGCACAGAGACACCAAAGGGCUCCUGACAGUCGAGCUUUAGUGCACCAGUCUGCUGUUUGAAGGCUCACUCACGGUGCAGACAGAGGGCGGAGGAAGAGACACCACCUGUGCCUGAAGACCACGCGCUGUACACACACACCGCCACAGCACGGUCACAAUCAUUUAACCCAAAGCUACAUGAAGCACAUUCCUGACAUGAGACCAACGCCAAAAUCACCCAACCAGCAUCUCCAAACUGCCACCUGUUGAAGCUCUUUGAUAUCCUCCACACCUGCAUCCUGAAAGCCUUUUAUCACCACCAGCCUUUCACCAAGAAAUGGUUCGUCCAAUCAAAACUCUUCCCCCUGCUGUGCAGUCUCACAGGCCUUCAUCUCCCCACAUGGACAAACAGCUGGAAGGGAAUGUGGGGAAGGUUUGAAUAAUGUUGCUGAGAAGAUUUUGUAGCUUGAAUUUUCUGUAACUUGUGCCUGUUUUCUUUUUGAAUUUGAAGUAACCUCCGAGUCACACCAUGGAAGCACAUUUCUGCAGAGGGAAGAAAGAGUAGUAUAAUGUGAGGACUGACUGUGAUAGAAAUGUAUGUGAUGCCAAAAAAUACGAAACUGAGUCACACAGAGCAGGUUCAGGACAAAAAUCAUUUAAAUGAGGUCUGACUAUUUUCUUAUAAUUCUGACUUCAAUCUUUGAAUUCUGAGGAAGAAGUCUGAAUUCUAUGAAAAAGAAAUCCAAAUUUAGAGACAAAGUUUUUAAAAAGUGACAUUAAUGUUGGAACUCUGACUUUUUAAAUGGGACUUCUUUUUCCAAUGGCCAUAAUCCAAUUUUGGAGCCAUUUCAAGUCUGAAUUGUUUUUUUGUUUUUUUUUUUUUCAUAUUUUGACAUCUGUCUUAGACUCAGAAUUAAAUGAAAAUACAAAUUUUGACUUUUCUUUCUGAAUUCUAAGAUUUAAAUCAGGAUUUAGGUGUUUUUUUUCAAAAAUUAAUGUUAGUAUUCAGACAUUUUGUUCCAAAAUUAAGGUUUAAAAUUUGAUCCUUUUUUAUCAAUUUUUUUAGUAAAGUCGGACUUUAUAUUCUCAAAAUAGUCAGACCUCCGACCUUGAUUUUAUAGUUCUAUGAAAAAAGGUCAGAAUCCUGACUGCAGAUUUCAAUAUCAUCCCAACAAGUAGUGCCAUGUUUCGAGGUCUGAACUUUUUUAGUUAUUUUAACUUUAGUCUCAGAAUUCAAAGAAAAACAAGUCAGAAUGUGAAAAGAAGUUAAGACCGUAAACAACCUGAGGCUCUAAUCCUCAGCCUUAAAGUCUAAAUUAAGCAUUUUUAUUUUUGUAUUAAUUUUUUAAGGCUUUUUUUAAUAAAAAGUUGAGUUAAAUCUAAAUUUGAUGAGUCAGUCUCACAUGCCUGACUGACUAACUUGACUUUGGCUCAUAAUGUUCAUACUCUUGGUCUCUUUUGUAAAGUUAACUCAUCAUUUUUUAAAUCUCACCCUGACUUUUCACAAACCAAAGCUUGCCCAGGUGAAUAUGUAAUCAUUAUUUAUUCCUAACAUUUUGCAGAAAUGGGCUUCCUCAUGACUUCCUGAUGAACUGUUAAGGGAAAUAGUUUUCACUUUUGCCCCAGAAGAGAAAAGAAUAAUGUUUGUGGAACCACAAUGAGAACGUGUAUUUUCUUUAGUUGAUAUAAAUUGAUUAGUGAUAGCAUUACGAACUGUAUGAUACCCGUGUUCCUCUGCUCACUCAGCCCUGUCUCCUCCCGUCCGCUCUGAGACUCUAACCGGCCGUCGGUACUUCUCCACGAUGCUGUAACUUUUGGGGGGAAAGCUUUCUACGUGGUUUUGGUUUUUAAUUAUUUUUAUGUAAACCUUUUUUUUUUAUUCCAACAAUGAAUAAUGUAAUUUAGGAAUGUAAUUGUAAGCUACUUUAGUGAAAUGUGUUUAAUAUAUACAGUAUGUAUGUGACUCAGUCUGUACCUGUGGGCCUGUUGUAACGGGGUUGGCUGCUAACUUAGAUCAUAUUUUGGUACUGUGUCUCAGAAUGCUGGGUAUUUUAGCAUCAGCCUAGAAUAUAUUUUUGUAGUGAACUGAUCAAGAACCCUAAUUUUUUGUUUUUUGAUUUGUAACCUCACACUACAGUCCUUUUUGUGGAUAAAUAUUACAUGUUUUUUUCUGCAGAA